AUGCCUGCGGACUGGGCUCUUGGCAGCCUGAUUAUAGCAGUCAUCGCCCUUCUCAUAAGUAGGGAUUUUCCGAUGACCCUGCUCAUGAAAACGAUAAUUGCUACCUGCUUGCAGUGGUUUUGCUCUGAAUCGGCUCUAUGUGAUUCUGCUGUCUGGGAUGAUCUACCAGAUACGUAUUUUCAUUUCCAUCAGAACUGCGCAAGUGACUUACCCGGAGGUGAGCUGUUUCGCAAACUUCCGUGCUCUCAUCGCACAGAAACCUUCUUGGAAUAUUUUUCGAGCUUGAUAGCUUGUGGGGAAAAAAGGGCAGUCAAAAAGCCUCAUGACUUAGAUCUAAUGCGGAAGUAUUUCCAUACGGAUGUGAAAACGCUAUUGAUGUGUUUCAUGUCUACCAUUGACGACAAAGGCGCCUGGCUGUUCAAUCAUGAUGUGUCUUCCAAUUCCUAUACUUUCAUGUUUUCUAAGUUCGGGAAACCGUCAUUUUUAGCACUGAAGAGGCACUCGAACUACUUCGAAGCCGACAUCCACGCCCCGUGCCGAGAUUGCCAUAUCGUGAACCAGCGGACGAAGACAGAGUUGGAAAGCAUUAUCGUAUCGGGCGCACCACCAUGGUACCAGCAAAUUCUACAAAACAAACAUCAUGUAACAUUCCGCUUCCCAGAGCCGAAUGAUCGAAGCAUGGCACGUGCUGGCUGGAUUGUAGCCAUCGGCCUCGGCGACGCCAACGCAUUGCCCUAUUUUGGAACUUCCUUCGGUAAUUUUCGGACAUUAUCACCAUCUUCCCACCACAGAGGACCUAGUAAAGGUUCGUCAUAUUGGCAGGGAUGUCAGUACCUCCAAGGGUUUCUAUGUGACCAAAUUGGGGAUCAAUUCCCCGGAAAUGAGCUUGUGCAAAUUACAAACCAAGUCAUCAGAGGAAUGUUGGAUGAUCACACAGGUAGCGGAAUAUCCAGAUUCCUAAACCAUACACCACUUGAGAAUGCGGUCUGCAGUGGCAGGUACACGGAAGGGCUUGACGCAUCUGACAUUGAAUUUGCGAUCAAUGUAUUCAACAGCCUUUACCUUGCGGAGUCUGACAUCCAGCGUCUACGAGGGAUCAUGCUACCAGUACUCGCAGGAUCCAUCAGGGGCCUCCACAAGGUUUUGCAGCAUCUGAACAGCCACAGCUUUCAAUUAAGAGGCGACUUCAAUGACCUAGUGGUCCAGAACUCUCCUGUUUUCCUUGGUUACUAA